AUGACCACGUCAUCGCUUUCCAAUGUGGUUGCGAUCACGUCGCCCGACAUGUUUACGUCGCUUAUGCAGCAGGAUCUGAAUCGCGUUACCUUGCUCAAUUUCUGGGCGCCGUGGGCUCAGCCAUGUGAGCCGAUGAUGGCCGCUGUGCGCGACCUGGCUGUGAAGUACCCGCACGUCCUGUUUAUGAACAUUGAGGCAGAGGAGCAGCCAGAUGUGUCUGAGUCCUUUGAUGUUGAGGCUGUGCCGACCGUUGUGCUUUUGCGGGGACAUACGCUCCUGUCCAAGUUGACGGGCGGUCAGCCGCAGGCCGUGGAACAAGUCCUGGCGGCGCAUGCCAAGGUGCCAAGUGCCUCGGCGCUGAGUGGUGGCGAGCCAGCGCAGGGCGUGGACGCGGACGUGGGUAAGCCCCAUGCUCUGCCGACGCAUAUCGACGUGAGCCAGGAGUCGGCGGAGGAGACGGAGCGGCGGUGCCGCGAGCUGAUGUCGCGCUCGCGUGUGAUGCUAUUUAUGAAGGGCCAGCCGGACAUGCCGCGCUGUGGCUUUAGCCAGAAGACGAUUACGCUCCUGCGUGACCAGAAUGUCGAGUUUGACUACUAUGAUAUUCUGUCAGACGAGCCUGUGCGGCAGACGCUCAAGGUGCUGAACGACUGGCCGACCUUUCCCCAAAUCAUGGUGCAGGGCGAGCUGAUUGGGGGCCUCGACAUUUUGACGGAGAUGGUGGCGUCCGGCGAGUUUCAGCACAUGAUCAGUGCAUAG